GAGGCACAACUGCAUGGUCCAUAUACUGUUUGUAUCCCUAGAAACAUGUGUUGCUUCAAAAGAAUAUAAGGAAGCAACUAUUUGCCUGCAAUUCUUUACCAAUGAAAAGAAACCAGCUUCUGAAGAUGAUAAACCUGAUAGCCAUGUCCUAAUCGUCGAUAAGGCCUUUGAGAUUUGAAGCGUCCAAUCUUUCAAAUUUACAUAUUGGAGUCACCAAAUCGUCCUCUUUCUAAACGAAAGUUUGGAGCCAGUCGGAUUAAUGAAGGCGAAGGUUUUUUUCUUUCUUUCUUUUUUGAUUGAAUAGAUUGAAGGCGAAGUUGGAAAGCGACCAUGCACCAUCUUUGUCUGCAUGCGCCCAAUAAUACUAAUUUAGUUGGCUCUAAACCUGAUUCUUUUCCUCCGACUCCAAUUUUUUCGGCCUACAAGGUACACAAAAGCUUCAUAUAAAAAGCAUUCAUCUCUUUCAUUUCUCAGGUCACCCCCUCCAUCCUUUGCCGGUGAAUCCGCCAAUAUUUGCCACUAGAUUCUGCCUUUUUUUUUUUUUGGUAGAAUACAAAAUUCCGUUGACACCACAAGAUUUGCGGUCCAUAGGCUCCUGUCGGGUAAAUUUCCCAUUUCCAUAUGCGUUCAAUUCAUACCUCCUUUGUUUCGUAACUUCAAAAAAUCCUACAAAUGUCAUCCAAUGGAUUCUUUCAGUCUGGCUCCAUUCCAUGCGACAAACAGCUUCCGGAAGAGCAAAGGAUGCCCUCGAUCUUGCACGACAGGAAGAGGCAAUCGCAAAGCUAUGUUGCUCCCAUCAUGCCCAGGGACCUCUCCUCCAAUCUCUCGAUACCUUUGGUUCCAUGGAUCCUUCUCCUCCUCCUCCUCCUCCUCCAUCUCCCCGGCGCCGCCCGCGCCGCAUUCGAUUACGGGGAUGCUCUCUCCAAGAGCCUGCUCUACUUCGAGGCCCAGCGCUCGGGCCACCUCCCCUACAACCAGCGCGUCGCCUGGCGGGACCACUCCGGCCUCACCGAUGGGCUCGAACAAGGAGUGGAUUUGGUUGGAGGAUACUACGACGCCGGCGACCAAGUAAAAUUUGGCCUGCCGAUGGCUUUCACGAUCACGAUGCUGUCGUGGAGCGUCAUCGAGUACAGCGAAGAGAUUGCAGCUUCCGGGGAGAUCGGACACGCCCUGGGGGCGAUCAAAUGGGGGACCGAUUACUUCAUCAAGGCCCAUACCCACCCCAAUGUCCUCUGGACCCAGGUGGGCGAUGGCGACACCGACCACUACUGCUGGCAACGGCCGGAGGACAUGACGACGUCCAGGCAAGCCUACAGGAUCGACGCCGACCAUCCCGGCUCCGAAGUCGCAGGGGAGACCGCGGCCGCCAUGGCGGCGGCGUCCAUCGUCUUCAGGACAUCCAAUCCGCAUUACUCCCACCUCUUGCUGCAUCAUGCCCGACAGUUGUUUGAAUUCGGGGACAAGUAUAGGGGGAGGUACGACAGGAGCGUCGGACCGGCGAAGAAUUACUACCCCUCGGUGAGCGGGUACGGGGACGAGCUACUGUGGGCGGCGCUGUGGCUCCACCGGGCGACCGGGAGGGAGGAGUAUUUGGAAUACGUCGUGGAUAACGCGUUCCGGUUCGGCGGUGCCGCAUGGGCCAUAUCCGAGUUCAGCUGGGACAUCAAACACGCCGGCCUCCAAGUCUUGGCUUCCAAGCUGCUAAUGGAAGAAGGUGGAUUCCACCUGAAAGAAAAGCACAGGCGCAGGCUGGAGCAAUACAGAUCAAAGGCGGAGCACUACCUGUGCUCCUGCCUCAACAAGAACAGCAAUGGCAGCAACGUCCGCCGCACGCCCGGCGGCCUCCUCUACGUCCGCCACUGGAACAACAUGCAGUACGUCACCGGCGCCAGCUUCCUCCUCACCGCCUUCUCCGGCUACUUGGCCAAAUCCAACCAGGAUCUCCAUUGCCCUCGAGGCUCUCUGGGCCCCGAGGGGCUCCUCUUGUUGGCCAAGUCCCAGGCGGACUACAUCCUGGGGGCCAACCCCAUGGGCAUCAGCUACCUGGUGGGGUUUGGACCCAAGUUUCCGACCAGAGUGCACCACCGGGCGGCGUCCAGCGUCUCCUACAAGGAGGACAAGGCCUUCAUCGGCUGCGCGCAGGGGUUCGACAAGUGGUUCGGCCGGCAGAAGGAGAACCCGAACGUCCUUGUCGGGGCCGUCGUCGGCGGCCCCGACGCCAAGGACGUGUUCAGGGACGUGAGAUGGAAUUACAUGCAGACGGAGGCGUGUACAUACAACACAGCGCCGCUCGUCGGAGUGUUUGCUAAGCUUGCUCGGUUCGAAGGGCGCCGGCAGCAGCAGCUUCUUGAGGGAGUGCACCCUCCGAUUUCCUCAUGCUAGUAGUAGGUAGCAGAUUCCACACAAGAUUGGUGGAAAGGAGCAGUCCCAAAUUUUUCAAUUGUUUUUUUUUGUUUAUAAAUUGUUAUUUUUGCCAUGCUGUGAGGGUCAAGAGAUACGCUGAGUAUAUCUAUAGGAAAAGAAAGAAUAUGAAAAAAUGGAAAAGAAAGAUAAUGAAAGAAAGAGAGAAACAAGGUUGUUUUUGUUUUUUGUUUUUUUUUUUCCUUCAAAAUCUAUUCUUUCUUUUUACUAAUUUAUUGUGCUCCUUUUUCUCCCUAAUAAAACGGUGUAUUAACAGGGUAAGCUUCAAAUUAAGCAACCAACAGGCAGGUUAUGGCACCGGCAUUAUAGGCAUAAACACCUGGCAUAGACAAUUCAUGCAACUGAUCUAAAUGGAAGGAAUAUUUGAUGGCUGACUGAUGCAGUAUUUCAAUUAAACGCUCGAUCCACAUAAUUUGUUCACGAUUUUUUUUUCUCAAACUGAUUACCUCAAAAAAAUAAAAUUCAAUAUGCGUUUAUCUUUUCUUGGGC